AUGACGGCAGGGACCGCAGAGACGUCCUCGUCCUCAUCCUUCGACCCAGAGACGUACGAAUCCACCCACGUCCACUCCGUCUACGAGGCCAUCGCCCCGCACUUCUCCUCCACCCGCCACAAGCCCUGGCCCCUCGUCGCUGACUUCCUCGCCUCCCUCCCGCCCGGCUCCGUGGGCCUCGACGUCGGCUGCGGCAACGGCAAGUACCUCGCCGUCAACCCUUCCCUCUGGCUCAUGGGCUCCGAUAGGAGCGCCAACCUCGUCUCCCUCGCCCGGGAAAACGACGGCAGAGGGCGACGACGACAACGUCUCAACGAGGUCACCGUCGCUGACUCCCUCGCCCUACCUUACCGUGCCUCUUCCGCCGACUUCGCCAUCAGCAUCGCCGUUCUCCACCACCUCUCUACCCGCUCCCGUCGUCGAGCCGCCGUCCGCGCCAUUCUCGACUGCCUCCGUCCCGGGUCAGGCGAGGAUGGUCGUAACGGCGAGGGAAAGGCGAUGCUGUACGUAUGGGCCUUGGAGCAAGGAUCUAGCCGGCGAGGGUGGGACGAGGACGCCUCACAGGAUCAGCUUGUACCUUGGGUAACCAAGGCGGGCACCGGGAAGACCCACAAGGAGUCGGACUCUAGGAAGCCAGAAAACGACACCACAUGGCAUCGUUAUUAUCAUCUUUACAGGAAAGGGGAGUUGGAGGAGGACGUGCAAGCCGUGGGCGGUGUGGUGCUGCACAGCGGAUAUGAAAAGGACAACUGGUGGGCGAUAUGCACAAGAGGGCUUGAGAUGUAG